GCAGCGGUCAUGGCUCAUCUGUUGGUUCUGACGUCGUUUCUCGCCCUCGUGCUCUCGGCGUGUCCCCGGGUCGGAGGGGAACGUGUCAAACUGAACUCCAUCAGGACGGUGGUCCUGAGGGAGGGUCACGCUCUGCCCCUGAACCGCAGCCUGUGGGAGCCGAGUCUGGACCUGACGGUAAGACGUCAUCUCUGACUUGACCUUCAUCGUAAACGCCACGGGUAGACCCGUUUAUCACUUCGUGGUCGUCAUUAACGGCGUGUUUCUGUGUGUCUGCAGCUCUAUCAGUGCAUGAGCGACCUGGAGUGCAGAGAGGGGAGCUACUGCCACGCUCCCACCAAAGGCCCCGCCCACUCUCGCUGCCAGAACUGCCGCAGGAGGAAGAGGCGUUGCCAUAGGGACGGCAUGUGUUGCCCAGGAAACCACUGCGUCAACAGUAAGAACCACUUUAUGAUAAAGCAGGAGUUUUAAUUUAACUUGAACAAUACAAAUGUGUUUUAUCAUUUAAAAGCUUUUAAGACGUUUUAAAAUCAGAAUAAACUUCCAGGAUUUAAGUUAGCUGAACUUAUGUUAAACUUAAGUGAACUGAACUCAAGUUAGGUGAACUUAAGUUUGCUGGCCUUAAGUUAGUCAAACUUAAGUAAACUCAACUUAAGUACAUUGAACAUAUAUUAGCUGAACUUACAUUCACUAAACCUUUUGUUAGCUGAACUUAAAUUACCUAAACCUAAAAUGUAUUUUAUCAUUUAAAAGCUUUUAAGAUGUUCUAAAAUCAGCAUUAACCUCCAGGAAGUUAGCUGAACUUAUGUUAAACUUAAGUUAGCUGAACUUAAGUUAACUGAACUUAUGUUAGCUUAACUUCAAGUUGCUGAACCUAUGUUAGCUGGUCAUAAAUUAGCUGAACUUAAGUUAACUGAAUUUAAGUUAAGCUAAUUUAAGUUUGCUGAACCUUACGUUAGCUGAACUUAAUGUAAGUGAAUUUUAGUUAACAUAACUUAAGUUUGCUAAGGUUGAGUUUAUGUUAGCUGAACUUGUGUUAGCUAAACUUGAAGUUGCUGAACAUACGUUAGCUGAACUUGUGUUAGCUAAACUUAUGUUAGCUGGACUUAUGUUAACUGAACUUUUUUAGUUAAACUUACGUUAGUUGGAUUUAGGUUAGCUGAACUUAAGUUAACUGAAUUUAAGUUCCUGAUUCUUAUGUUGGCUGGAUUGAAGUUAGCUGAACUUCAGUAACAUCAGUAUCUCGUUUAGCGUUUCCAUGUGAACGUUGUUUCCCUGUCAUCACGUGUUCGGUGUUUAUUUAAAUACCAAAGAUUUAAUCGUCUUUCUCUUUGUUUCUCAGGUGUCUGCGUUCCUGACCUGGACAGUUUCGUGUCUCAGAGGAUCCCGGACUCGGACGGAGGGAUCGGCUCGCCGUCCAAGAAGAAAGGAUGGAAGAAGAAAGGGAAGAUGAGCGUGAAAGCGUCUUCGAGUCGAGGUGAGGAACACGUUUAUCUGCUGAUUACGACAUGAAGGUUCUAAGAGUUCGUAUUAACCGUCUUCGUCUGUCUCCAGGUCAGGUCGGCGACCCCUGUCUUCGCUCUUCCGACUGUUCGGACGGUCUGUGCUGCGCCCGCCACUUCUGGACUCGAAUCUGCAAGCCGGUGUUGCGCGAAGGACAGGUUUGCACACGCCAGCGGCGUAAGGGGAACCACGGCCUGGAGCUGUUCCAGCGCUGCUCCUGCGGCGACGGACUCAGCUGCCGAACGCUACGGGAACCUGGCGCUCAGCCUCCGUCGCCGCCUUCGUCGUCUUCAUCUUCAUCGCUUCUAGCAGCGGCGAAGUCAAAGUUUGCAUCAUCAUCCUCAUCUUCUCGCCACUCCUCCCCCCACACGUCUCCUCUGUCUUCAUCGGCGGGGAAGUCGUCAUCGGAAGUGGCGAAGACGAGACUUCACGUGUGUCAGAGAAACUAAGGAAGGCGGGACAGAGCGGAGAAACGGUCUGAAAGGACGGCGGUUUCUUCUUCUUCUUCUUUCUGCCAGUGACCAAUCAGAGAGAGGCAGAGACCGACGGCAGAUGGGGGGGGGGUUGGAUAGAGAUACCUGUUCACACCUGUGAAAACCCCGCCCCCCGCCCUCCUCCUCCAGUAUCUCUAUGUUAAUGAGCUUCCUGUCAGGCUGCAUUCACACUCUAACUCGGCGGGAUGUGAAACUCUUUGUUGUGGGUCAGAUCUGGUUUCCUCCUCUACGUCUAGACGAGCAGAAACCGCUUUGAAAUCCGGUUUGACUCCAUUUACACAAACGAAGGAAGGACACAUUAAAACUGAAAACCUGAUCCAAGGAUGACGCAACGACCCUCCAGGUGACCGUCCAAUCAGACGAAACCUGGAAGCUCAAACCGUCAGAUUUUAAAACAAACUCCAGAGAACUUUCAGGACAGAAGAAGGACGAUGGAUUAAAACUGUUGAAGCUGUUGGUGCGAACGAAUCCAGGUUUAGAUUUUAACGUGUUUUCACUGAUUUUAACUUCCAAACAGCUGCUGAGAUUAGCCGAACUUCAUUAGCUGGACUUAAGUUAGCUGAACUUAAGUUAGCUGGACUUAAGUUAGCUGAACUCACAUUUGCUUAACUUAUUUUAGUCAAACUUAAGUUAACUGAACUAAAGUAAGUUGGGCUUAAGUAAGUCAAACUUAAGUUAGCUGAACUUAUGUAAGCUGGACUUAAGUUAUCUGAACUUUAGUUAGGUGUACUUAAGUUAGCUGAACUAACAUUUCCUUAACUUAUGUUAGUCAAACUUAAGUUAACUAAAUUUAAGUUAGGUGAACUUAAGUUAGCUGGGCUUAAAUCUGCUGAAUUUUGUAAGCUGGACUUAAGUUAACUGAACUUAAGUAAGUCAAACUUAAGUUAGCUGAACUUAAGGUAGGUACUUAAAUUUUUAACUUAUGUUUGUCAAACUUAAGUUAACUCAAAUUAAGUUAACUGAACUUAAGUUAGCUGGAUUUAAGUCAGCUGAACUUAUAUUUGCUUAAUUUAUGUUAGUCAAACUUAAGUUAGCUGGGCUUAAAUUAGUUGAACUUAUGUUAGCUGGACUUAAGUAAACUGAACUUAAGUUUCCAUUGGACAUAAACUUGCUGAGCCUUUGUUAGCUGGACUUGAGUUAACUAAAUUUAAGUAAGUCAAACUUAAAACUUUAAGUUAGGUGAACUUAAAUUUGCUGGCCUUAAGUUAGUCAAACUUAAGUUAGCUGAACUUAAGUUCAUUGAACAUAUUUUAGCUGAACUUACAUUCACUAACCCUUUUGUCAGCUAAACUUGAAUUUCCUAAACUUAAGUUAGCUGAAUUCACGUUAGCUGAAUUCGUGACGCCUCACUCCACAGUCUCCACAUAUCUCGUCUCAAACUUCUUGCGUGUCCGUCUCAGUUUUUCCGUCUUUUUUUGUCCUAGCGCAGAUAUUGGUGGUAAAAUGCUGAGGUUUGUCCAGACGUCUGGUUUCGAUGGCACUGUUGUUAAUGUUCUAGAAAUGUCUAUAAUCUGUAUAUUUUGGAUGAAUGUUGGUGUGAUUAUUUGCCUGUUUUUAAGUGUCUCUCUG